AUGGCCGAAAAUGAAGACAUUAAAGUAGUUGAAGAUCAAGCUCAACAGUAAGUCCACAUUUCACUGAUUGCAACGUUUAGACCCAAGAAUCUGGAAGAAAAGAAGGAAAGAGUUGAUGACAGACAACAGUUUAUGUGUUCCAUUUGUGGUUUGUGCGAAUUGACCAAAUAUGGACGACUGGAACACAAAACUAUAAGGUAAAACAAUAUAAAUUUAAAAAAAUAAAUAUUAAAAAUCUCACAAAAUGUAUAAACUUUAUAAAAAUAAUGAGAUAAAUGUUAACUUUCAGCGCACACGGAGAAGUUUUCUACAUCCUAGACCCCUUUGUUCCCUAUGACAUUCACAAGGUCGACUUUCGAGUAUCAGACUUUGUAAUCUUCGGAUCAAAGUGUUCAAUAUGUCAACAACCUGUUUGUGUAUCAAAGGUAAUAUUCUUUUCUAGUUAACAAGAAGUAUUAAAAAACAAUUUUUUUAACUUCUGCAAGCCUAUAAUAACGAGCUAAAUGAACCCGACAGACCUCAAUAUUCUUCAAAAUCAGAACCCUCAUAAUUAUAACCCAAUUUACAGGCGUGUUCACUAUUCUACCACAGUAACUAUUGUUUGUAUUGCGUGGAACGGGAACAGCAUCGAUUUCCAAAAGAAAUAAUCAACGUAAGAUAACUCCAUUCACGUGAAAUUCAUGUUUUUAGGACUUGCACAAGAGAUUCGCCCAGAUUUCCAAAAAAGAUGUCCCCAACACGUCAAAAGAAACCCUAAAGGAAGAUGUUUUGACUAAAACAACAUAA